UCUGUUAUCAUCUGGACUACACUGAUACGGUGAAUGAGAUAUUUUAUAAAGCAACUUAACAUUUUGAAACACUGAAAAUGGUCACUGAAAAUGGAGAAAAGAGUACUGCUCAGAUCUAUGAAAACACUAGAAGAAAGCUUGGAGAUUCCAACACAACACCAUCACCACAACUCACAGUGAAGAUGAGAUGUUACAGAUCUGCUACUGUGUGUUUGGUGCUGCUGUGUGUCGUCCUACUGACUGCCGUCAUAGUGCUCAGUGUGAAGUUGACUCAAGAUAAAGAUCAGCUGAGAGUUAAGAUUGACAAUCUGACUAAUGAGAGAAAUUGGCUAAUGAUGGAGAACAAUGAACUUCAGAAGAAUUUUAGUAAAGCGGAUGAAUGGAUUUACUUCAGUUCGUACUUCAUUUCAACUGAAAUGAAGACCUGGGAUGAGAGCAGGAGGUAUUGUAGAGAGAGAGGAGGAGAUCUGAUCAUCAUUAACAACACAGAGGAAGAAGAUUUCAUUAGCCGCAAGACUAUUUCUAGUGGGGAAAGGUUCUGGAUUGGUUUGUCUGACAGAGACGUAGAGGGCACAUGGAGAUGGGUCGAUGGCAACCCAUUGAGCUAUAGUUUCUGGGCAGCUGGAGAACCCAAUGGCAACAUAUCUGAGAACUGUGUUGAGUCUAUUAGACCAGGAUGGAAUGAUGCGCCAUGUUAUAUUGCUCAAAAAUGGAUUUGUGAGAGAAACGUUUUGUAAAAUUAGAUGUAUGUUUAUUAAAGGGAUAUUUCUUUUCCAGCUCCCCGAGAGUUAAACAUGCGAUUUUUACCAUUUUGCAAUCCAUUCAGCUGAUCUCCG